UGGGAGAGAAAGACGAGUCAGUCACCGUUGCAGGAGGAGGACGCCGAUAGCGGGCUGGUUAGUGGGAGCUAGUCAGAGCUUCCUAUCCAGCACUCACCAUUCACCACUGACCACUCACCACUUUGGCACCCGGAGUAUAAAUCGCUGUGGGCUUCGUGUUAUCGGGUAAUAUCUAGAACAGCUCGUCAUCGACACCUCAAGCCACAAUGGUCGGGAGCCAUGGGACGACCGGAGGAAAUAAGUGCGGGGAACCCGUCAAGCAGGUUGGCUUAUCUAUCGGAGCCCCUCCUACCGGCUGGCUUCUUGUUCCCUUCCUCCCAGGCUGAUUUUCUUGCCGCCAUCCAGACACUGCUGUUCCUUGGAACCGACUACCCAAAAUACUCAACUUGUUCUACAAAGCGCCUUGUUCAAUUCCAACAUGCCUCUUAUCGCACAAAACCCCACGCCACGAGUCAUCCUUGGCUUGAUGACUUUUGGUCCCAGUGAAUCCAAGGGUGCUCGUAUUACUUCUCUUGACGAUUUUAAUUUCUGCUUGGAUCAUUUCCAACAGCAAGGUUUCAAAGAGAUCGACACUGCGCGCAUCUACGUGGGAGGUGAACAGGAGGCGUUCACUGCCCAAGCCAAUUGGAAGGAACGUGGGCUGACUUUGGCAACAAAGUGGUAUCCCCAUAACCCGGGAGAGCAUAAGCCUAAUGUUCUUCGGGAGAAACUUGAGCUGUCCCUGAAUCAAUUGGGGACCGACACGGCCGACAUCUUCUAUCUCCAUGCUCCCGAUCGGUCUGUCCCAUUUGCGGAAACCCUGGAAACUCUCAAUGAACUGCAUAAGGAAGGCAAGUUUGUAGAGCUCGGGCUGAGUAACUACACGGCCUUCGAGGUCGCGGAGAUAGUGACGAUGUGUAACGAGCGAGGCUGGGUCCGGCCGACGAUAUACCAAGCCAUGUACAAUGCCAUCACUCGCGGCAUUGAAACCGAGCUAGUUCACGCUUGCAAGAGAUACGGCAUCGAUAUAGUAAUUUACAACCCCCUUGCUGGUGGGAUCCUGUCCGGCAAGUAUAAGACCCAGGAUGUGCCGGCAGAAGGCAGAUACAGUGAUAAGUCUCAUUCCGGGUCGAUGUACCGCAAUCGUUAUUUCAAGGAUACGACGUUUGACGCUUUGCGGAUUAUUGAGCCUGUUGUGGAGAAGCAUGGAUUGACUAUGCCCGAGACCGCGUUCCGUUGGAUUCGCCAUCACUCUGCGCUGAAUAUGAACGAUCAUGGCCGUGAUGGGAUUCUUGUGGGCGUUAGCAGCCUUGCUCAGCUGGAAAGCAACCUGAAGGAUAUCCAGAAAGGCCCACUGCCUGAAGAAGUGGUCGAGGCUUUGGACAGGGCAUGGCUGGUCGCGAAGUCAUCAGCUCCCAACUAUUGGCAUCUUGAUCUCAAGUAUACUUAUGAUACUAAGGAGGUCUUGUUCAAGCCCACUUCCAAAGCCUAGGUACACAACGGGACUAUUUUACUCGUCAGAUCAGAAGAGUAACGGCGGCUGAGAUUCGUAUAUACAUCUUGAUAAACUGAACUUCUUGGCUGACACCAAUCUCAAGUCGCUUUGCGGUAAAAUAUCCCUAAAAGGUGUCAUACGACCUGUCCUGAUUAGAUAGGGGGGGAAAUAGAGAAAGCGCAGAUACAAGGCCAGGCCGUGUAGUCAA